AUGGGAUUCUUUGAUGUGAGUAGAGGAUUAAGGCAGGGAGAUCCAUUGUCUCCUCUCCCCUUUGUAAUUGCAGAAGAAGUGUUAAGCAGGAAAUUAACUAAAAUGGUCCAAAAAGGAGAGAUUAGAGCAAUGGUGAACAGAAAUGGAUGUCAACCAUCUCACUUACUAUUUUUUGAUGACAUAUUCAUAUUUUUCAAUGGGAAUAAAAAUAAUUUAGAGAAGUUAAUGCAACUACUACAAAAAUACCAACAAGCUUCAGGUCAGGUAGUAAGUAAAGAUAAGAGUAAAUGCUUUGUGGGUGGAGUGGCAGAACAAAGAAGAAGACAUAUAGCAGAAAUCUUGCAGAUGGAAUUAUCAGAAUUUCCAGAUAAAUAUCUGGGAGUAAUACUAAAGCCUGGAAGACUUAAAGUAGAGCAAACUUGGGGGACUGUAGAGAUGUUACAAAAGUUAUUGGUUGGAUGGAUUGGUAAGAUGCUUGCUUUCCCUGCUAGACUAACACUGAUAAAGUUUGUUCUAUGUAGUACCAAUCUAUAA